UUUGUUUGUCCGAUUGGCUCAGAAAUCUGUUUCCCGCCAAAAACAGCUCCAGCUCACUCUUCUCCCGGGCCGAGCAAUCAUGGCCAACAACAACCCACCGUCAUCGCCAUCACCGUCAUCACCUCUCAGGCAUGUCGACAUCAUGCAGGCGGACGGAUUCACGCUGGCGAGUGGCAAGCGACGAACGGCUCGAGCGCAACCAGCCAAUCCCGGCACCCACUCCCACUCGAGCCCCGGCGCCGCAGGACCAGCACGGGCACAACAGGCAUCGCCAAGUGUCUCGGGCAGUGGCGCGGGUGGGUCGGGCUCAGAAUCACCGCCAUCGAGCCUCGUGGUCGCGCGUGUCAUUGAAGCCAGGAAACAACUCGAGCAGUCUGACUUUCUCGAAGAAAUACAGCGAGAUUGCUUUCCACAGGACGCGCAAGGAACGAUCCGCGAGAUUGUGUGCUAUGGUAUAGGUAGUCUGAGCGAUAGCGUGCUGGCUCGCUAUCAGUUUGCGCUCUGCCUAGCACUUCAAGAGCAUCUGAAGAUCCCUGGCCAAGUGCAUGUAUUUGACCCAGUAUUCACGGUACAGGAUAUUGCAGCUGUGCAACAGCUCGGUGGAGCCAUCAUUUCAGAGAACGAGGAGGCAAAACGAAAAGCAUCGGUGCCCACCUUGUUCUACAUGCCUCACUGCGGAGGCCGGUUGUACAAUAAUUUGCUCUGGGCCAACUGGUCUCCUGCCGCGCUUGCCCGCGUUCUCAUUCUCGGCAAUCCGCUAUCCCGAUAUGCUGAACGCAUGUCGAACGCGUCGUUCCAAACCGCUCUUCCAUACAUUGCGCAGGUGCUUCCCGCCGUGCGUGAAACCCCUUUGCCGUCGUUCCGGGUGCGAAAUGACGUCUUUAACGAUACCAGUGUUGUGAAAUUCAACGUAUCUGCCCUACAGGCACUACCUGAAGCGCAAUGGAGCUCGGCACCCGAGCCCGUGUACGACGUUGCCGAUGUCGAGUUCAUUUCGGCAGCCACGGUGCCCUCGCUCGUCGCUCCUUGAUUUCUAUGCUACUUCAUUCCUCUCAUAUCUAUGCACAAUCAUCGUGUGUACCGUAUUUGCCUAAUAUUCAAAUUCGUACAUGACGAUUCAAUCUCAGUCUUUUCCUCGCAUUUUUCAAUGAGCGACACACAAGUGAUUAUCGAGUGCCCCAGCUGCCACGCGAACGUGACUGCAGUGAAGGACCAUGUUGCCGAGUUCAAGGGCAAGCGUCGGAUCAUUGGCUUCCGACGCGGCCAAGUGCAUUGCAAAUGGUGCCAACACAAGUUCUACCCCGGCAAUAGCAUUCUGAUUUGCUCCAUUUCCUGAGACGGAGAAACGGUGUUGUUAUUGCCUCUGAAUGUCGCUGCCAUAUUGCACAAAGCGAGUGACUGUUGGCAUUCGUGGAGCAAAAGCAUUCAAUAAAAAUACGAAAACUUCACUCGGCAUGAA